CUUGUUAGUAUGCAUGCUUUUAUAUCUCGUCGUCCUUUAGCUAGCUUGCAACGGCUCACCUUUGCCUCACUCUCGUUUCCUAUCUGCUAUUUUUCUCUCCUACACGCGCCGGCUAUGGAGGUCGGACGAACGCUUUUUGGAUGCAAGGGCCGUUACCUCCUGAGCAAGCGCCUUGAGCACGACAGGCAUGAUUCUACAGUCUUCAAGGCGAAAGUAUUACCAGGAAACAAAGCCAAUAUUGCAUCCGAAUGGGUUCUCAUCAAAACCGCCACGCCUGGCAACGAGGAUACUAGGAAAUCCUUGGAGCGAGAGUACAACACCUACCAAAGCCCUACUAUUGCAUCAUCUCCAUGUAUCCGAGCCUUAUACGACGUCGUGGGAGACCCUAGGGAUCUCACUAGUUGCGGGAGCGCCUGCUUAGUUCUCGAGUGGAUGGACCACACUCUAGCAGAACUACGGCCUGAGAGUGUCCGAAAUAAUUAUACCCUUCUUAAAGCCUUUAUUCGUGCAAGCCUUUCUGCACUUGACGCAUUUAAGCAGGAGGGACUUGCUUACAUAGAUGUCAAGUCUGCAAACGUCCUACUCUCCAACAUUGACACAGGUAACCCAAUUGUUAAAAUAGCAGAUUUAGGGCUCGCGUGUCCGGAAGGUAGUCUCAAGUUUGCUCAACCGUAUGCUACACGUGCCCCGGAAAUUUACCGAGGCUUCGCCUGCACUCAUCGCGCCGAUGUCUGGGCACUCGCCGUGACCGUGGUUGAACUGUUUAAUUCCGACCUUUUCGGCUUCUCCGAUAUGGACUGCAAUGUCCCGGUUGAGGGUUGGUGUAUCGCAAAGCUUAUGCUGCUCUUUGGGGGCGAUCUCGGUUCGCUUGCGGACAACGAUGCCAUUAAGAAGGAUUUCAAACUGGGCAGACUUCUUGCCGAGUGGGUUGAUAAGGGCGAGCAGGUUGUGAAAGUGUCAUCAUUUGAGGAGGAGAUGCAGAGUAUGGACAUGCCGGAGGCAUUAAAGGGUUUUAUGAAAUAUCUGUUCGUCGUUGAUCCAGACAAAAGGCCUUCAGCUGCACAGGCGCUAGCAUCAAAAGAGCUUCGCGCUUUUGAAGCAGAAGGUCUAGAGGCAUAGCAUAGUCCUUUGGAACUAACAAGUAGACACUUGCUUGGCUGGAGAAUAGUUUGUAUUGCUGCCGAGGACAAGUAUUGCUAGCAGUCUAUGGGGGCUAAAAACCACUAGCCGCCUAUGGGGGCUAAAAACCACUAGCCGC